AUGGUUUCCUGCUUGGGCUUCUUGACCAGGCUGACCGAGAGGUUCGUGCUGGGAGUGGACAUCAUCGUGGAGACAUUGUGGAAAGUGUGGUCGGAGCUCUUGGAUGUGUUUGGACUUGACGUGUCCAACCUGUCGCAGUACUUCAGCCCGGCCUCGGUGGCCAACAGCCCGGCCCGCGCCCUGCUGCUGGUGGUCAUCGUCCUCCUGGCCUACUGGCUCCUGUCCCUGACCUUGGGCUUCGUCUUCAACGUGCUGCACGUGGUGUUCGGCCGCUGCUUCUGGGUCGUGCGGGUGGUCCUGUUUUCGAUGUCGUGCAUGUACAUCCUGCACAAGUACGAGGGCGAGCCCGAGAACACCGUGCUGCCGCUGUGCUUUGUGGUGGCCGUCUACUUCAUGACCGGGCCCAUGGGCUUCCACAGCUGCGCUGGUGCCGCCGGCCCUGGCGGCCCCGGCCUGGAGGGGAAGCUGGAACAGCUGGAGAACCAGGUACGGGUGCUCAACAUCCGCCUCUCCAGGGUGCUGGAAACCCUGGACCGCGCCAAGGACAAGUGAGGCCGUCGGAGGCGGCACCUGGAAACCGCCGAGCCCCAGGCAAUAAAUGGGACCCAGCAGGAGAGUGGCGCGUCUGAGGCUCUUUCCACCGUCCUGGCCC